AUGACAAUGUCAUCGGCACAGUGUUUUUGGUUUAUUUUACUUUUUCAAACAAUUGAACAUUCAAAAUCGUGUGUCGAUAUAGUUUUCGUUUUGGAUGGUUCCGGUAGCGUUAAACAAGAAUUCGAGCAAAUGAUCAGCAUGACCAAUGAUGUGGCAAAGCAAUUUGAUAUCGAGAAAAAAGGACAUCGGAUAGCAAUUUUGGAAUUUAGUAGCAAAGCAAUCCUCACUAAAUGGCUGCGAUAUCCUUUCGAUCAGAUUAAGACAAAUGAUGAAAUGGAAAAAGUGAUCCAGAACUUAUCUCAUAUCCGAGGGACAACAGAUACAGGGCGAGCUCUCGGUGUUGUACUUCAUGAAUUUCUGCCUCAAGCUCGACCUGGCUCGCCAUUUUUGGUAUUUGUAAUCACUGAUGGUUACUACAGAGAUUCUGAGGAAGCGCAGCGGAACGUGGCAAGACUUGUCGCUAAACCGAAUGUUCAACUUUUUGUUGCAACUGUUUCAAAGCUACACAACAUGCGAGGCUUAUUAAUUCUUGUUAACAAUGACUCAUCACAUAUCGUAAUGCAGAAUGCCUCCCGGAAUAUAUUAAAGCCAUAUAGUGAAUGCUUCGGUUUGAAAACUUCCUUCAUUCAGAAGAAGACUACCCUACCUUUUAUCCCCAUUGCAACCAAACGUCGAAUAAAUGAAAUGAAAAAUCUUAAAAAAGCAAAACCUUCUCAAAAGUUGGGAUCGAAAAAUGAGACUCCUGCUAAACUUAAUUUUCGAUCAGUUCGUUUUGUUGACAUACGUUCUAUUAGGACUAAUAAUAUCAGCACUAAUAAUAUCGCCACCUUAUCAGCAAUAUCUACUCGUACAACUAGAAAUAUUCCGGUAAAAAUGAAAAUCAAACCAGAAUGUUUGCUAGACGUUGUAUUUUUGAUGGAUUUCUCCGGGGGAGCAUCAGAUAAACGCGACAUUUACAUUGAUUAUGUGUCAAACCUUAUAAGGUCUCUAAAUCUUAAUCAGACAUCUGCACAUGUAGCUGCGAUAUAUUAUUCGGGUCCGAAACGUGCACGUACGCAAUUUCAUUUACGUAAACACAGUACAGCGGAAGAAGCUAUCAAAGAUUUACAUCAAACACCAUCAAAUGGUGGUACAACACAUACCGGUGAAGCUAUUUACUAUGCAAUCAAUGAAUUCGAUGAAAAAUUUGGUGCAAGAAAGGAUGCUAGAAAAAUGAUGAUUAUUUUUACUGAUGGACAUUCACAAGACGAUACAACAGGAGCAAGUCAAGCAGCUCAUAGUAGAGGUAUAGAGUUGAAAGCGGUAUAUGUGGAAGAUGAGAAUGUACCGCCUGAUACGAAACAAAUUAUUGCCAUCACUGGAGAUCCAUCAGAUACAUGUUCCUCCAAAGACUUCAAGAAACUUCAAUCUCUUUUUGAUGAGUAUUCCCGACGAUGCAUAUUGUAG